UUCCCACGUAACAGUUCAUGCCGGCCCGUGGCUCAUGAACCCACGCUCUCCUCCGACGGCUUCGCAGCCGUUCCUCGCCUGCUCCGUCGCCCCCUACCUCCACUCCACUCCCUCCCGUGCUUCCUCCGGGCAUCAGCAAAUGAUGCGGCAGCCCUCGCGGGUUGUCCAGCGGCACGGAGACUGUGGGAGGAGCAGCCUCGUGUUAGCUCUGGCCCGCAGCGGCGGGCUGGUGGUAUUGCCCGCCAGCUGUUCGACGAAAUGCCGAGGCCUCGUGGCAGAGUUUUCUAUAGCACCGAGAGUUCUGCGGUUUGGUAGUCUGCGGAAGGAUAACUUGAUCCAACUGAGAAUAUGUCACUAUCCUUGAGUGAGGAGCAGCCUCGUAUCAGUUCUGACCAGCAGCAGCGGCAGGCUUGUGGUAUUGCCCAGAAGCUGUUUGACAAAAUGCCGAGGCUUCGUGGCAGAGCUACUAUAGCACCGACGGUUCAGUGGUUCUGCGGUUCCGUGGUGUGCGGAACGAUAACUUGACCUGACCAAGAAUACAUCACUAUGCUUACAAAUGGAUCUCUCGUUGUUUCGCAAACUUUCCGUCUUAUGAAGGAAUGCAGGCUCUGUGGCCAGCUCAUCUUUAGUGGUCACCCACCCACUUGGGCUGCUCUGCCUUGUAAUGACCGAGAAAGGCUUUGCUUUUCCCAGAUUCAGAUUUUCUAUUGUGAUUUUCAGUGGAACCAUUCAUGUUCAAUCCAUGUCAGCUGUCGAUACAAUUCCAGGGGAAGGGUCGUCUCACUUACGUCUGAAGCUGGAUAAAUAUUGGUCUGUUUUUUCCUCAGAUUCGUGGUACAAACUAAGCUUUAGAUGGCAGGUGAGUUCUCAAAAACUGGUAACGUUUCCAACAUGUGUAAUUGUGUGGAGGGAGGGAUUAUACAUGUACCUACCCGGCAAACGGUCACUCGAUGGGAGUACUGACUAUACUUACAAAUUAAUUAUGAGGAUCAGAACAUCUCUAGCAUAAUCUCUAUAUGGACAUCUAUCCCUAAAAGCCGUUAAAUUGGGAGGAAAACUCACUCUAGCAGAUUCUCUAUAUGCCAUCUUGUCCCUAUAAUGUUUAGUGACAACCUAGAACGGUUAAUCCCACCUCUUCCGCCCCUAUCCAUAUACUUUUGAUUUGGUGAACUCGGCAUACUCUAUAUGUUCUAGUGCCAGAGAAUGCAAGAUAAAUGCCUCAGUAAUUUGGAGGAGAGGGGCUGGACAAACACUGUUUUGUCUUUGUGGCUGGUACAUGAUGACACGGCCAUGCUCAUCCUACUGUGAUGCUCCUGCACCACACUCCAAAUCAUUUGAGAGUACUAAGUUUCUUACUUCUAUUUUCAUGGCAACGUUUGAUGAAUUAUAUUUGUUUCCUUUUCAUGUAUUGUAGGGUAAUUUCAUUCUUGCUUGUUUAGUUCCAUAAUUUGUUUUCUCAGUCCUGCAUUUUCCCUUAUAGCAUGAUCGGUUGAACAUGAGAAGCUUAUACUUAGUUGCAUAAUUAUAUAUACUUUCACAUGCAUCUGUACAGUGACUCGAUUUUUCUUGUCAGCAUGGUGUUUCGUAUUAUUCUUGUUCUGAUUAAUCAGUUAUGGCUUUCUAGUAUGGGGAUGGGGAAAUUUGAAUACUAUGCAGGGGUUCUCAAGUUUGUGUACUCCAGAAUUGUUUCUUGUCUCACAGCUAUAAAAUAGAACAGCUAGAGCUAGAAUUAACAUUAUUUCUUAAACAGUUUCCCGGUAAAAAAAAGUAAAUCAUAGAGUCAAUUUUACUUGAACCUAGUUUAGUGCCACUGCAGUUUCUGACUUUUUUUUACACAAAUGUACGUAUUUUAUUACUUUCGAUGAAUUCUCCCUUCGUUUUUUUCCAUUCACCCGGCAAUCUCCAUCUUGUCUUAAUUUUUCAUCUACUUUCGCUAACACUCUUGAUAUGCAGUUGGAACAAGCUAUAUUUCUAGCGUCUUAACCCUUUCAGUCUCUUUCAACUCUCUAAAAACAAUUAUCAGCCACUGUUUACGCGUGGAUCAGCAAUAAUGCAUCGGGUCUUAUGCUUGUGCUCGCACAGAUAAGACAUGCCCAUGGCCCUGGCCUUGGCCCAUGACAGGCACAAAAAUGUCACCCAUACCCGUUGCUAGUGGGCAUGCCCACAACACAAGCAUCGUAACACUUUGCACGACAGCUUAGUAACAAUGGAACAACUGUAAUUUCCAUUCCAAUCAAGCAAAAAGAGAAAAGAAAUCCUUGCAUUAAUCAAGAAUAGCCACAUUGUCAAAUUCUAAAGAUAUAAACUGACAUAGAAGUAUAAAUAUAUCAUGCUAAACAAAUACUCCCCCCGUUUCUAAAUAUGUCUUUUUAAAGAUUUCAAUAUAAUCUACAUACGGAUGUAUAUAGACAUUUUAAAGUGUAGAUUCACUCAUUUUGCUCCGUAUAUAGUCCAUAUUGGAAUCUCUUAAAAGGCUUAUAUUUAGGAACGGAAAGUGUUCCUGCGGAGCAAAUGGCCGUGCCAAUUUAGAGGAGCUCAGUCCCCCAUGCCCAUUUACCCAGGCAUAAGAUGGCACCCACACACACAUGGGUAAAUGGGUAGUUGGACCAGAUUCCCAUCCUACUUCGUCUCCCCGAAUAUCUGGAAUAGUCUGUCAUGGACUCAUGGAGAGAUUGCUCACUCGUUGGGCAUGGUCACUGGUGCGGCGACUGUCCUCACAGACACAGAGAACCUUGCUGCCUUGUCGCUAAAUGACACCAUGUUGUGGAAAAACUUUAACCACCUGACCGACACAUUCAUCCCCACCAUAAAGGUCCGGAUUGGUGUUGUCACGUGUGGCAGUACCUUCCUCGUUCGCUGGUCCCCUUCUUCUUUAAAAGGAAAGUGUAGGCCAGGUCGAAAGUCCUCUUCUGCGCUCGCGCACACAUGCUCUCGUUAUCGCUCCCGUUCAGCCCCUUCGAGAUUGCCAACCCGACAUGUAUAGGCCCAGGUAUAACUAUUGUAUACCGACUUUUUUAAGAGUCGAUGGCCCACAUUGACAACUAUUAAAGUCGACGCCGUUAUCUAUGGGAUAGGCCGGCUCCGACUUUCGCUCACGAUGUGGGCUGUUACAGCUAAGAUUCUGUUCCAAAGGCGCCCGUUCACACAUGACCAUUUAUUACAUUAUAAUAUAUUAUUGUACAUUAUUAUACACAGUUGCACCUAAGCCAGGCAUAGUACCUGCAAUGACCCAUCGGAGACACCUGAAACUGCACUGACUGCCACGCCGAUUCACAAAUGAUUCUGACACAUCCGCUUCCAACAUCGUCACGUCACUUUCAGGUUACAAAAUAUCAAUACAAUACACAAGAACUGAGCUAAUGCUCUGAACUUACAGCUGUUAAUCAGAAUCAUCUAUAAUCAGUUCAGUAUAUUUUGAAACCCGUAGCCACAGAGGAGGCGCUAGCUAAGUCGGUCAGAGCCAUUCACUCUAUUUCACCUCCCACUGAAACUUGAUCUUAUUCCAACUACAGCUUCACGUGGAUGACUGAAACCAGAGUCUGCCCCUCAACUACCCCUCACCCCCCUACUUAUACACUACACAGCUUGGGCAAACCUCCCGCCCUUGGUGUUAAAAUUUUGAAUUUUUUGUGUUAUCCUCAAAAUUUUACUGCAAUCUACUGCUCCCAUUCACCCAAAUUGUACUGAUUCACCCUUCCUUAUCAGCCUGUACAAGAUACGUGAAAUGUAGAUCCUUUGCACCCAGUUCAGUGAAAACCUACAUAGUUUUUCUCACAUCGUCCUAUGCCUGCUCAUGGUUUAUUUUCCCACACAAAUUAUGAAGAGCUCGCUUGGUGAAAAAACUCUCUAUGAUGUUGUAUACCUUGGCUAGAUUGACGUUAUUUUGCGUAGCUGCUUCACCAAGUCUCGGUUGUAAACGUUGAUGUGUUUGUGUGAAGGCAGUGUAUUGUCUCUCCGCAAUUAGGAGACAAAGAUUGGAUGUGUUGCUCCCGAUGCUCUGAUAUGCACCGACAAUUGCCUUCUGAUCACAACAAUCGUAUAAGAGCACCGUUCAAAAAAAAAAAACCGUUCAAAAAAAAAAACAAUCGUAUAAGAGCCCAACACUCACAAUGGCAUGACCGACUGUUCUCAACACCAGCCUUCCUUGCAUAGCACAAACAACAUUCAGAACUUUAGUUUUGGCCAUUGACAUCACAACAAACCAGCAGUGCAACAUGGUGAAUUCCAAAAUGAAGUACUCACCGCACAGCUGCAAAUGAUUUCCUGCCUGUAUUUUGUCCUCUAAACAUUUAGUCUGCUUUUCCAAUAUGUAAUACCAAACCCCUUCCCGCAGGAGUACAAGUUGUAGAAGUCGUAUUCUUCACCUAAAGAUCAAAUCAUAUACCCAGUUUCAGUACAAUCACAUUCUCCCCUGGAUUCUCAGCGAACCCACGAAUUGCUUUCUCCAACGAACUUGGGCGAUUAGGACAAGGUGUCCUCCUUUAUGCAGCCACACCAAUUGUUACCCUGCAUGCAUUCCAGAAAUGUUUAAAUCAGCAGAUGCUUACGUCGAACACAUGAUAGUCAAGUCAAAACUUUUGAUAUGCGUGUGCAUAUCACAGCUCAAUGUGAAGGCACAAUAAGUAAUCAGACUGCCACCUAGCUGUGCCAUCACCUAGAUAAAUAUUGUUUCAGUUAUCAGAAGUACACAUUGACUUUGCAGUACCACUUUGCUACGAACAACAAUCUUCAGGCUUCUACAGAAAUCAUCCACUUUUAAAGAUGUCAAAUAAUUUUCAAAAUGUACCAGCACUGUGUACAUAUGCCAAUGAAAAAUUACUGUCCAAAAUAACUGCUAAUUAUCGAGAUACAUUGCUUGUUAAAAUGCUCUUCAUCACUGUCAUGAUUAAUUUAUUUGAGCACCCUCACAGCAAUAAAAAUAUGCAUAUACACCCAUCACUUCAGGCUUGACCCACUUUUUUCGGAAUUUGUAGCACUGAAUGCACAUACUGUUGUGUCCAGCCAAGAGCUCUAGGGUUCAUCUCGCCUGUAAACCACUCAGACGCCUGUAGUCGCAAAUGGCUGCUACCAUUCAUCCACAUCAAACAUUUUAUUCGGCCCUCCAAAUCUGCUUGAACUCGAUAUGUGAACCACGGAUUGUUGGCACCCAACUCCUUAAAUAAUUCCAUCGUUUUCCUCACAUCAUCAUCCGCUUGGUCACAACCCAAGUUCCUGCACAAUGCUCUCAGUGAUCGCUUAGUGAAGGGGACUUUUCUAUUUAACCAAAAAAUCUCCUAAUUAUGUUGUAAACAUCUAUGUGUUUGGGACGGCCAGUGAACGGUUACCCGCCAAUUUGGAGAGAGUGAAUGAUUGUAUUUCUCCUUGUGCUUAGACAUUUACAAACCAUUGUCCUCUGACCUAAGCAACUGGGUCAGUGCAGGGCAUUCACAACGGCAUGACUGUGUAUUCUCUAACCCUGCUUCCCCUGUAUAUCAACAAUAUAGAAAUUUAAAAUCAUUUCCUUCACAAACUAGUUCACCUUUUUUGCUGGUUUUUGCAUCGUCAAGACUUAGCACGCAACCUCAAAUAAUUUCCUACAUGCAUUUCGUCCUCUCGACAUUUAAUACUGACCCUGUUAGCACAAAAAUACAAGUUGUGGAAAACCGCACCCUACAUGACUUAGUUGAUCACAUUUGCAAAUUUCUGGUGUCCUAAAAUUGAUUACUCAACAUUAGUUAUAUCACGAGUGUGGUAUAUUCCAUAAAUUGUUGGAGAACUACAGAACAUAUCCUAUGAAGCACCCUACAACAAACUUAUUACUAUGAAAUAAGCUAUAAUGUCAACUACAAGUCAACGGCAUGUUCCUAGCAUUUAAUUAACUAAUUACACGUAGCUAUAAUCCUUAAUUGGUAAUCUGAUGAGGAUAAUGAUACUACAGACUAACCUUUUUGUCCAUCCAGGAGUCUCUGGAUUGACCUUCCCCAUCGAUUGCUGAGAUAUAGUCAGAGAGCUGCGCUUCCCCUUAGCUGGUCCGACAUCUAAUCUAGGAGCUACACCCCCCACUCAUCACUUCCACUGCUUAUGACUCAUGGCUGCCAGCAGUGGAGCUCCAAUGGCCUGUAGGUGUACUUCCCCAUAUCCAGCAGUCGAUCGGUGCCAUCCAUCCCCUCAAGGAUUGGAAUCAUGACAUGUUGGGAGGGAAAUCUCUAAGAAAUUGCAGCUCCAGCUAUACCACCUUACAAAAUUAAACGAGUCCAGGGAUACAUCACCUGUUAACCGGUCGUAGAAAGAAUUCCAUGUCUUCAAUGGCGUCGCCCUCCUACGCAAGCACGCCGCCGCCCCAGCUUCUCUUCUGUCUAGGAAGAACUGGAUAAUUGCAACCUUCUGUCGAAUGGAAAAGUGAAGUUCCUGUCCCCGCAGCCAGACAGAAUGUAACGUUAUGGGCCACGACAAGACCUUGUGUUCUCAACCCCAGCCUUACGGGAACGGAUCCUCUAACAUCGUGAAGGGAUGUCAGGAAGCUACAGUGCAAUCUCAGUGCAAAACAAAGAAGGGAUGUCACGGACACUGUGCAUAAUUACUGUUCAUAGAAAAUAAAAUCCGAAAUUAAUUUUAUUGCACCAUAAUUUUGUUUGUAUGUAAUUUUUGUAAAUGUAUACAGUAGAUUUGUAAUUUGUAAAUUAAUUUAAGUCAUUUUAGGCUUAAUCAUAUGGAUGUGAAGAAGGGAUGUUAGGAUACUGUAGCUUCUCUAACAUCUCUUCAUGAUGUUAGAGGAUCUCGUUCCCAGCCUUACCCUACAAAAAAAAUCCACAAACCGAAUCAACUUACCUAUCACAAACCAGCAAAAGCAAAUUAGUCACUAACCAAGCACCCACAAACUAUCUCCUGCAUGCACUUCGUCCUCUCAACAUUUAGCCGGCUCUUGCCGUAUCGAAUGGCAAACCCCUUUUCCCAUGAAUACAAAUUGUAGAAAUCGUAUGCCUCAGCCACAGAGUUGAAAGUAGCGCCAAGAACUAGUGUCAUCACAUUUUCAGUUGGGUUCUCCGCAAAACACUUGACUGCCUUUUCGAACAUACUUACUCGGUUUAGGCGCGGUGUUUUGCUCGGGGAGGCAAUGCCAAUCCUUAGCUUGCAAACACAGGCACAUACAACAUGAGUUUUCUAAUUGCAGAUAGGAUAGCAAACAACUUGCAAACACAACCUCAUAUAGCAUGAACUUCCUAAUUGCAGAGAGCAAUCAGCCUACAAACACAGGCGCAUAUAGGAUGAAUAUUCUGAAUGCAGGGAGCAAAACAGACUGCAAACACCAGUACAUAAAUCAAUAUUUUUUCUUAAUGAUGACAGCAAUCGGCCUGCAAACAGAGGCGCACAUAGCCUGAAUUUUGUGAAUGCGGAGAACAAAUCAGCCUUCACACACGCGACACACAACAUAAAUUUCCUGAAUGCAGUAGAACAAUCAGCACUCUCUCUAACUGCAUGAUUUACUCACUCAUUCGUUUUAUUCCUAAAUCACUCAAUACGUGCUGUAAGGCAAAGUUGUUAUUCACUGACCUCUUGUUCCACCCCGGUGCUCGGGGAUUCAUCUUCCCCAUUGACAGCUCCGACGUCGGCGGCGAGCUCUCCCUUUUGCUCACCACCGCUAUCCGCUGUCCGCUGGUGUGCCGCGUCGCCCCCAGCCUGCGGUACCGCCUACAAAUCCCCCACACCAAAGACAAUGACAACCAGCAGCCGGCACAAAGCUCUCCCCUACCUCCUCCAGCAGACUGGAUCUGAAACUUGGGAGAAAGCCAUCCUCUGGAUCAGCUAAAACAGAGGGCUCAAAAGAGAGGCGUCAUCGCCGGAAAAGCAAAGAUCGACUUACCUGCUGAUAGGCUGCAUCAGAACUCCAUGUUGUCUCGCCGCCGGCGCUCAUCGCCUCUGUGCCGCAGUCCUCAGCUUCCUCCAAACGGCUCACACCGUACCCAUAGUCCUCAGCGAUUGUCCUGGUCCACGGAUCAGACGGGGAACACCGAUUCUGUUCCACGGCCAAUCUCGCCGGAGACCGACGGCCGUCCAAACUAUCGUCAGAUCCGUCGACUCUUCCCCGCGCGAAGGCCCACCACCCAACGCUGUCGUGAACGUAUUUCUCAACAGUGAUCGAUUUUCUGGCGGACCGCAUGCGCGCGUACAGAACUAUGGCACAGAUCGAGAAGCGCCAACCAACGACCUAGAUAACGAGCUCAUGUGAGCUCGCGCUCAGUUACUCCACGUCCAGGCCAGGUUUAUAUAUUACGCUAAGACAUGGCAGUUGGUUGUCUUUGGGUGCCAACCUUGCAACUGUUGUCUCGGAUGGAACAAACUUGCACUUUGGAACCAUCACAUCAUGUGGAUCAUGUUCUCGCAUUUAAGGUCAGUUUUAGGCCAUGUUCUCGUGAUUAAUUGGUGAUCUCCUUCAAACAGAUGCUCUUAGGCCAAAUGACUGCACUGGCAUAAUGAUUGGGCUUGUACCCAACCGUGAUGGUACAAAGUGGUUAUGUAGACUUCUUAGGGGAAGUAAUUUCUAGGAUGUCCUGAUAUUUGGUUAAUGUGCAUGCUAGAACACUCAGUUAAGAUAUUUAUAAAUAUUACAUGGACUAGAACAAGACAUUGCAAUACACAUGACUGGCACGAAUUAUUCUGUAGAUGGAUGCAAUUUUUUUCUACAUACUCUCAAACAUUCAUGUGCUUCCACAAGUUGUGUCAUACAUUUCUAACAUUAAAUCUAUCUAUAUGCUCUUCAACACCACUCUACCGUCUCUAACAAUAAUUUAUCAACCACAUUUCAUGUGUGUAUCACCAAUAACAAUAUUAUCCUACAAAUAAUGCGGGAAACCCUCAGGUGUAAUGUUAACACUGACCAUGUCUAAAAUGGCCCCAUGAAGUUGUCAUGUCAUCCUUGCCGCUAUCAUCUUGUUCCUCAUCCUCCUACUCGUGUUGUCAUUGUGUGUGCCCGACGACCAACCACCAACGAUUUUGUCAGAUGAUAGUUGGUGCCUUCGCCAUGGUCUUUUGAAGCACAUGGCGGUAAAACUUAUUUCCUUUAUACGUGUCCAAGUCGACUUGGAAACAUUCUCAGUCAACUGUUGAUAGCCCUUGGAUAAAAAAUUUCCUUUAAUUUUUCCAAUUGCACAAAUCGUAUUUUCGACCGAACAUUUUGAGUGCUCAGUCGCCUUGGAAAUAGUAAAACCCUUCCAUAAAAUGACGUUUGGAUUCAUACCAUGUGCCGUGGUUUGACCAGCUGAGUUCACACCGGCGAUCGUUGGCGUUCUAAGUCCCUCUGACGUGGACAGCUGAAAUGUCAACUCCAAGACACUCUCAACUCGAACCAGAAUUCAAAAGCUUUGCAUUUUUCAAUCAUCCGUUGUCGUUAUCAUCCUUGACGUGAGUGCUGGAUCCGGUCACCCGUUUGUCAAGAAAUUAACACUAAACCUUUGUUGCUUGUAAAGACCAAGCAUCGAUCCAGACUUUGCACUUUAACUAACAGCAUGUCAGCGUCAGCACCAGAAGUACUGAACAAGGUACGAUUAGUACAUUGUCCUUGCCAGUGCACAUACCUACUGCAGAAGACUUGGGCCUGAUUGAUCCAUGGAUUGGCCAGCUCUCACCUGCUACACUGCGGCCCUGAUCAUCCUCUUCCUGCCGUUGCGGGCAUCCGAUGACCGGCUUGUCCCCGGCGAGCGGCUCUUCCCUGGCACCACCAUCGUUUCCGAUGACGGUGCCUUCGCCUUGGGCUUCUUCAGCCCCUCCAACUCCACUCCGGCCAGCCUGUACUUGGGCAUAUGGUACAACGGCAUACCGGAGCUCACCGUCGUGUGGGUCGCCAACAGGGAGACGUCGGUCAUCAACGACACUUCCUCUGCGCCGACACUCUCCCUCACCAACAACUCCAACCUUGUUCUCUCUGAUGCUAGCAGCGGCCGUGUCAUUUGGACGACUGAUGUGGCCGCUGCCUCAAGCUCCAUUGCAGCAGCGGCGGUGCUUGAGAACACCGGCAAUCUCGUCGUUCGGUCGUCGAAUGGCACCACGUUGUGGCAGAGCUUUGACCACGUCACUGACACGUUCCUCCCUGAAAUGAAGAUACGGAUCAGAUAUGCCACCCGUGGCAUCGGCAUCCGUCUGGUGUCCUGGAAGGGGCCCGAGGACCCAUCGCUCGGGCGCUUCUCCUACGGAGGUGACCCGGACACGCUCCUUCAGUUAUUCCUCUGGGAUGGGACGCGCCCGGUGGGCCGCACCAGCCCUUGGACCGGAUACUUGGUAAAAGGCGAGCACCAAUACCGGAAGGUUAACGGCAGCACAGCGGUGAUCAUCUACAUGGCCAUCGUCGACAAUGACGAGGAGAUCUACACCACUUACACUGUCUCUGCCGGUGCCCCACACACAAGGUAUGUGGUGACUUACACUGGAGAUUACCAGCUCCAGAGCUGGAGCACCAGCUCCUCGUCAUGGGUUAUCCUCGCCAAUUGGCCAUCCCCUGAAUGCAACCGAUAUGGCUUCUGUGGUCCGUAUGGCUAUUGUGACCAGACAGCGAUGCCCAUGCCGAUGUGCAAGUGCCUUGACGGCUUCGAGCCAGCAAGCACGGAUGAAUGGGCAGCUGGUAGGUUCUCGGCAGGGUGCCGACGAAAGGAGGCAUUGCACGGAUGCAGUGACAACUUCUUGGCCUUGAUGGAGAUGAAGGCGCCAGACAAGUUCAUGUUUGCUGGAGGAAACAUGAGCACAAUGGAGGAGUGUGCGGCGGAGUGCAGGAACAACUGCUCCUGUGUGGCGUACGCAUACUCCAACCUGAGCAGCGGCAGGUCUGGAGGAGACGUGACAAGGUGCUUAGUAUGGGCGGGGGAGUUGAUUGACACCGGGAGGUUCGCCGAAGGGCUUGGCAGCGCCACGCUAUAUCUCCGCCUUGCAGGCUUAGAUGUAGCAGCUGGUAAAAGGAGAAAGAGUACUGCAACUAUAAUUAUGCUGGCAAUUUUAGGAACUGGAGCUGUGGUAUUCCUAUGCAUUUUCGUGGCAUGGCUAAAAUUCAAAGGCAAGAAAAAAUGGAGAAAACACAAGAAGGCAACAUUUGAUAGUAUGAGUACCUCUUAUGAACUUGGGGAAGGAAACCCACCACAUGCCCAUGAAUUUCCAUUUGUAAGUUUUGACGAAAUUUCUCUAGCAACGAACAAUUUCUCCAAGACAUGUAUGAUUGGACAGGGAGGAUUUGGCAAGGUCUACAAGGGAUUAUUAGGUGGACAAGAAGUUGCUGUCAAGAGACUAAGUAGUGACUCUCAGCAAGGAGUAAAGGAGUUCAGGAACGAAGUAAUUCUGAUUGCUAAAUUGCAACACAGAAACUUGGUUCGGCUUCUUGGAUGUUGUGGAGAGGGAGAUGAAAAGUUGUUGAUCUAUGAGUAUCUUCCGAACAAAAGCUUAGAUGCUACCCUUUUUGAUGAUUCAAGAAGAUUGAUGUUGGAUUGGACAACACGGUUUAAUAUUAUCAAAGGGGUUGCAAGGGGACUUUUGUAUCUUCACCAGGAUUCAAGGCUAACUAUAAUUCACAGGGAUCUCAAAGCUGGAAAUGUUUUGCUGGAUGUGGAGAUGAAACCCAAGAUAGCAGACUUUGGUAUGGCGAGGAUCUUUGGCGAUAACCAACAAAAUGCGAGCACCCAACGUGUUGUGGGAACAUAUGGAUACAUGGCCCCAGAAUAUGCAAUGGAAGGCGUCUUCUCCACCAAGUCCGAUGUCUACAGCUUUGGUGUGCUAGUACUUGAGGUUGUGACUGGUAUAAAAAGAAGCUCCAAUAGUCACAUCAUGGGCUUCCCGAGCCUCAUUGUGUAUUCAUGGAAUAUGUGGAGGGAAGGAAAGACAGAGGAUUUGGUGGACACAUAUAUCAUGGAUACUUGUUCACUGGAUGAAGUUUUGAUUUGCAUCCAUGUAGCACUCCUGUGUGUCCAGGACAAUCCAGAUGACAGGCCACUCAUGUCGUCCGUUGUGUUCGUCCUAGAGAACGGAAGCAGCACACUUCCACCCCCUACUUGUCCUGCCUACUUUACACGAAGAAGCGCCUACUUUACACGACGAAGCGCAGAAAUGGAGCAAAUUAGAGAUGAUAUCCUGAACUCUGGGACUAGUUUUACUCUCACUGAGAUUGAGAGGAGAUGAAAUAACUAUUAUUUUAUUUAGACAUGUCGCAGCGCCUUUCCUAGUGAAACAUCUUCCAACUGUUUUCCUAAUGGUCAAGCUUCAGCUGUUUGGAAGUCAUCAUCUUCCAAAUUUUUUUACUGUAUUUCAUUUUGGUGCCCUUUUCAUAUGGAAAGAAAAAAAAUGCUGAGAUAGUAUCAUGAACUUUCAAACUGACAACAUAGCAGCAAAAGGACUCAAUGGAUUAAUUAGGUAGGGAGUUGCUUUCACUCGGCCCACUAGGAGUUGCUCGUCAAAUCCUGGAAGUUGGAUGUGGUUUCUAAUCUUCUAUCCA